AACGCACAAGAGAAGGAGAGACACUCAGGAAGUUAACAGGGGAAGUUUAGUGGUUUCUUGCGUCAUCGUUUUAUGCUGCUACUUGUGUGCCGAUGCAGAGUGAAGGGUGGAAGAUCAACCAAACUAUGUCCUAACACUCCAUGACAACUCUAAUGCAACAUAGCUCACAGAGGAAACAACCUGCACCCAACAACAUGCACUGAAGCAAAGGAAACAGAAGCAACAGCAGCAGCACGGUUAAGUCUCUGAAAUGUGCAGCGCCUCUACAGACUCACAUUAACAGAGUUGGUCAACACAUCCAGCAGCAGCAAGGACAAUCAGUCAGUCAGUCUGACCGGCACCAACAGAGCAGCUCGGGCCCGUCUGAAUGUGAGGUGAAAACUGCUGACAGGAAGAGAUGAGGAGAGUUCGGAGAAAAGGGGGGAACAAAGAGAAGGUGUUUGGAUGUGAUCUGCUGGAGCACCUGAACGCCUCAUCGCAAGAGAUUCCUCUGGUCCUGCGCAGCUGCAGUGAGUUUGUGGAGACGCACGGAAUCGUGGAUGGAAUCUACCGGUUGUCAGGAGUGUCGUCCAACAUACAGAAACUCAGGGGCGAGUUUGAGAACGACGCGACACCAGACCUGAACAAAGAUGUGUACCUGCAGGACAUCCACUGCGUCAGCUCUCUGUGUAAAGCUUAUUUCAGAGAGCUGCCCAACCCUCUGCUCACAUACCAGCUGUAUGACAAGUUUGCUGAGGCUGUGGCCAUCCAGCUGGAGGAGGAGAGGCUGGUAAAGAUCAGAGAUGUGUUGAAAGAACUGCCAAGACCACAUUACAGGACUCUGGAGUUUCUGAUGCGCCAUCUCGUCAGGAUGGCCUCGUAUUCCUCAGAGACCAACAUGCAUGCCAGGAACUUGGCCAUCGUCUGGGCCCCCAAUCUGCUCAGGUCAAAGGACAUCGAGGCGUCUGGUUUCAACGGAACAGCAGCCUUCAUGGAGGUCAGGGUUCAGUCCAUCGUGGUGGAGUUCAUCCUCACACACGUCCCUCAGCUGUUUCCUGAACACGGUGUAUCAGCUGAGAGAAGGAAGUCCCUGCCCUCCCCGUGUGCAGAGUCCAAUCAGGAGGAAGGAUUUUUCAAACCCUCUUCUACUCUGCCUGUCCCAAACUUUGGUAACAUUAGUCCAGGAGACGGUCCUCUACCUAUAAGACCCUACCACGCUAUCAUCGAAGGCACAGACAAGAGGAAAGGAUCUCUCAAAGGCAGGAAGUGGAUGUCCAUCUUUAACAUCGGAGGAAGAUUCCCCGACCCACGACGGAGACACAAACACUCAGCCAAAGAGAAAGACCGGCCAGUUUUGAGACCAGCCAGAAGCAUGGACUCCCUCAGCACUCCAUCCUUUCCAAACGAAGGCACCAGACGAUGUGCCCAGCGCCCUCCUUCCACCCAUAACUCCACGCCGUCUCCACUCGCCACCUCGUCCCCUCAGCCUGGCGCUGACAUCUCGGUAUCCUCCGGUGCGAUCGGUGGCAGUGAAUACGCUGUGACCUACCGCAGGGGAACAGGGUUAGUGAGCGGGGGCGCUGGAACCCAGGGCACCUACACCGCCCUCGACCCCGAAGGUUUAGGACUCACAGGCAGUGAGACUCUCCAGUCCAGAUCUCCAGGACUCUCCACUAAAGUUGGCCGGAGAGCAGCCAUGCACAUCACAGGACCCACCAUGGUCACUGUGCCCCUGCACAUCACCUCCAACCUGGCAUUAGGGCUGCUGCAAGGGGGCGGUAGUGACAGGGUCAUCCAUCGCAGCAGGGAUAAGGAUGGAGGGGACAGGGUGGAAGGUAAGGAGGGAGGAGAGAAGGUGGAGAGGAGCGAAAGCAGAGGGAAGGAGGGGAAGGUGGAGGAAGAGGAGAAGAAUCCCAGCGGGAAAGUGAUGGAGAGGGAUACGGAGGGGAGCGCAGUGGCAGGUGGUGGUGAGGAGAAGGAAGGUGAAGAAAAGAAGGAGGAGGAAGAGGAGGAGGAAGUCAGAGAGGAAUGCAGGUGGAAGCCAGAGCUGGCGGGAAGUGGACGUGCGUCCAGAGAGCAACGAGUCAAAAGCUCCAACACUGAGGAAAAUAAUGAUGAAGACGCUGUCGAUGAUGACAAGGACAUUGAUGAAUACAUGGAUAUGAAAGGGAUGGCGCCAGCAGAUUCGAAGCCAGAGGCGACAGAGCCUGUCGAUGACCGUGUGUUCGAUGCUUCAGACAUUCUCAACUCCACUGGGGUGGAGGUGGACGACCUGGGGCUGUCCGGCUACGUUCAAGAUAACUUUGAAUUCCUCGACCAGAUGGACUGCAGCGCUAUGGACCACAUGGACUGCAGUGUCUCCUAUCAGGUGAACGAGUUCUCCGUCGAACCUCCUGGUCACUCGGACGAUGAGUAUGAAGUCAUGGUGCAAGCUCAGCCUUCCUGUCAUCCUGCAGAGGUCCACACACACCUGCGGCCCGAACCUGAGUUAAAACCACACCGGCCGCUCAGCCUCGACAUAAACAGCCGACACACUAAAUCCCUCAGCUUGCCUUACAUGACCUCGCCUGUGCACGGACCGGAGGAGUCUUGCUCUGAAGAGGACCUGGCGGGGGACGACAUUGAUGACAACGAUUACAGCAGUGACGAAGACGAGUGCAUGUUUGUUAAAAGCCUCCCUCCUGAUUUCUUUUUAAGCAAUUUGCCCGAGUUUGAAGCAGACUCUGAUGAACAAGUAGGUUACGCGCUUGAUGGAAUCCCUGCACAUCAAGUACAGACCUCUGAGGAUAGGGAGUGCAACUCAAUGAACCUCGAAUUCACUGCUUGCAAAGUAACAGUGGCUGGAGAUGAGGAGCGGGUAGAAGUGAAAGACGAAAAAGACGAAGACGGACUGGAAGAGAAGGAGAUCGCAAAGAGUGAAGCGGAAGAUACAGUGCCUCUCCAGAGAGGAGACGAACUGGAAAACAAGAGGCAAAGCGAAGCGACAGAGGAAGGGCAAAGUGUUGUGGAAGAGGCUCGGUGUGACAAAGAAGAAGCUCUCACUUCGGAUGAAUCGACACACUGCUGCGCUGACGAUCCCCUGCCGGGCAACGAUGAAUCAAGCGCUGUGACUGAAAUGACGGUGGAGGAGGAAGAGGAAGUGGUUGAUCAUCCACCUUGUCAUGCAGUUUCUUGUGUCACGCAUGAGGAGCUCAAAGACGAAACAGAGCAGCCCAGCGCCUGUGUUAGAGAGGAUGUGAACGAGAGAGACGGGGGUGAAGGAGAAGACAGGAAUUUAUACAAAGAGAUAGAGGACAUCUGCCAAGAAAUGCAUCUGGAGAUGACAGGAUAUGAUGAGAGCACGUGUGAACAAAGCACUGAGGAAGGCCGUGAUGUGUUAGCAGACAUAAAACGUGAAGAGAAGAUGCAGGAAGGUGACGGAGAGCAGGGAAUUUGUGGGACAAGCAGGGACAUUUGGCGCGAAUAUGAGGAGGUUGUAUGUGAAGUGAUAGAGGACGAGGAAAGUGAGCAGGCUGAGAGGGAGGCUGCAAGAGAAAGUGUUGCCAGGGAGGGAGACACGAUCGAUGAUGUAAACGUUGUAGAGGAAGAAGAGCAGACAGCAAAAGUUUCAAUAGACGAAAUGCUGGAAGUGGAUGGCGGGGGGACAGAGGACAUAGUCGAGGAAUCAACAGAGGUGACUGAAGAACACAUCGUAGAAACAGAGAUGCAGCAAGAGUUGGAGGAAAAAGAGAUAAACUUACCGACGAUGAGUGAGGCAACUCAAGGGAAGUACGCCAUCGAUGACGAGGCACAGCAUCACGAUGGAGAAGAAGUGGUUUCAAAAGACAAACAGAACAAAGAGAGGAAUGAUGAGCAACGAAGAGCACUGCCAAGUGUAGAUCCGCUCAGGCUUGAUACUAACGAAUCAAAAGAGGGCAGAAAGUGCGAGGAAAGUGACGGCAGCCUGGGAGGAGUCGGAAGGAAGCUGGUCGUCUCCAAGCACCCGAAGGUUUACCAAGUCAAAGCCGUGCCGGUGGUGCCUCCGAAGCCGCAGCACUGCAAAAUCACUGCCCUGACCCUCCGACAGCAGCAGCAGCAGAGAGACAGGAGAGACGCCGACAGAGGGAGAGAGAACUCCACCGAGCAGGAGAAAGUUUUCGCAGCAGACCAGGGGAGCGACUUAGACGAGGGCAGGGCGAAUAAGGAGAAGCCAACACUCAGGGAGAAGAGGAGGGACAGGGACGAGAGCGCCGCGAGGGAAGCGAGCAGAAACAGUCCCCUCAGCAUGUGUUUCGAUGAGGCUGUUGCUAUAGCAACCAUGAGGCGGGAAAGAGAAAGAGUGCGAGAAGGAGAAGGAGAGGCAGAGGGAGUGGGGGAAUGAAGUGCAGUGAGGUUUUUUAUUUGUCUGUGUAUUGAUUUAAACUGAUUCGACUGUACAAACUAUUUGUCUAUUUGUAGCAUAAAGGGUUUCGUUGUACUUUAAGGAAAUAGUAAACGACAGCAGGGCAACAGUAUUGUUUAUGCAGUGCUGUUAAAUAUGUUUAGGUGCGCAAACAUGAUGUGCAGACAGGAAAUAAUAGUUUUUUUUACAGUAUUUUUCAGAGGAGCUCUCUCUUGUCAGGCAGAUAACUGGAGAGAGUUAACAGGAAAAGAGGGAAAACAGACGGGGGGGAUAACAUGCAACAAAGUUCCCAGGGAAAACUAGAAGCAGAGCUGAUUCAUGUUGAACAACGUCUGGGUUUAAGACGUUGUUCAGGAAGUUUUAAAUAGCUGUAAUUGCACGACUUGCUUUGAAGUUUUUAAAACUAAAGCCAAAUAUAGAGAUGGGAUUAAAGGCGAACUGCUGCUGGGACAUUGUGAAUAUGAACAAGUUGACAACCCAUCAGGAUAAACUGAUGUUUUCUAUAUAAACCCAGAACUUUCACAACUUCCAGGUCUGUAAAACAAAACACCCCCUCAGUUGAAAACUGUUCAGUCUUGAGCAAAAUUAAAUAGAUAAGCCUGAAAUUGAGCUCACUCUUGUUUGCACUAGUCUAAUUAUACAAUACUUUGUAAUUAUAUAAAGUAUAUGUAUGUACACAGUCUACGUAUUUUAUUAUGUGGAUGGAAAUGUUUUUCUGAUAGCUGAUGAAAGGAAUGUAUCAUUUAUGAUAAAUACAAAGUCUGCAAAAGUCUAACUUUUAUUUGGAUUAUGUGAAUAAAAAGAUGAAGUUUCCAAG